GGCAGUUGCGCUCCUGCAGCUUCUGCAGGUGGGCUUAUUCAGUCGUAGGCAUGGCUGGUAGCGGCGGCGGGAUUCAGGGCUAUCUGCAGAAACUGCACUCGCUUUGCGGUGCAGGAGAAACAAAGCAAACUGCCCUUGAGUGCCACAGCGUAAUUGGUGAUCUGGGGCAGGAGUGCCUGGUUGUAAGAAAUGAAAACGAACUGGUUUUACGGUCUUCAUUGCUGUUUUCUAAAGAAGACGGGUUGUUGAGUUUUCUUCGGAAAUCCCUCAGCAGCGAAGAUUUUCGCGACGUGAGAGAGGAGGUUUUGAAACUUCUGUCCACGUUCCUCCAGAGGAUCACACAGAGUGUCAAAGGGUGGGAGAGGAACUAUGCCGUGGAUAUCAAGGAAACCUGUCUUGUUGUGUACACUAAGGACAAGGCUGCAAAAUGCAGAGUUCCAGCUUUGAGUCUUCUGAUACAGUUGCUUCAUGGUACCAAGAGCUCCGGCGUGGCUCAAGACUUCAGAGUUGGAGACAUGUUCAAUAAAUUCUAUGGAGAGCUCUCUCAGAAGAGUCGCAUACCAGACACAGUGCUGGGAAACAUCUAUGAGCUUCUGGGAGUGCUGGCAGAGGUCCAGCCCAGUGACAUGACUGAUAACUCGGAGAAGCUGUAUCGCGCCUAUCUGGGAGAGCUCAAAUCCCAGAUGACUUCCACUACAAGAGAACCGAAACUGCCUUUGGUUGCUGGAUGUUUAAAGGGGCUGACUGCGCUUCUGGUAAACUUUACUAAAUCGAUGUCUGAAGAUCCAAAAACCUCGAAGGAAAUAUUUGAUUAUGCCCUGAAGUCUAUCAGUCCACAGACUGAAUUUAAGAGAUACGCUGUUCUGUUUGCUGGAUUGAAACUGUUCGCACGACACGCCGAACAAUUCAGUAGCUGCCUCAUAGACAACUACCGGUCAAUAUUUGAGGUCAUGUCCAAGUGGUGUGGACACACCAAUGCAGAGUUGAAAAGGGCAGGCCACUCUGCCCUGGAGUCCUUUCUGAAACAGGUGGCAGUUCUGGUGGCUGAGAAUGCCGAGCUGCACAAGAGCAAGCUGAAGUUCUUCAUGCAGCAGUUCUGCAGCAUCAUCAAGACCACCGAUUCGACAAACAAGGAGCUCUCCAUCGCCAUCCGGGGAUACGGACUCUUCGCCGCCCCCUGUAAAGCGGUGUGCCCUCAGGAUGUGGAUUUCAUGUACACCGAGCUGAUCCAGCGCUGCAAGCAGAUGUACCUGACCGAGACCGACACCGAGGACGACAACGUCUACCAGCUGCCCAGUUUCCUGGACUCCAUCGCCAGCGUCCUCUUCCACCUUGACAGGAUCCCGGAGGUGUACACGCCAGUGCUGGAGAGGCUGCUGGUGGUGCAGAUCGACAGCUUCCCACAGUACAGCCAGAGGAUGCAGCCGGCCUGCUGCCGCGCCAUCGUCAAGGUGUUUGUUGCCAUGGCGGGGAAGGGGCCGGCCCUCUGGAGCUUCAUCAGCACUGUGGUGCAUCAGGGUGUGAUCCGUGUGUGUUCAAAACCCGUACUCCUUACUGAGGAGGAGGGCGCCGCUCAGGGCGCCGAGGGGGGCCGCUCGGCCGGCGCCGGCCAGGUUCGCACAGGGAAGUGGAAGGUGCCCUCCUACCGGGACUAUCUGGACCUCUUCCGCAGUCUCCUGGACUGUGACCUGAUGAAGGACUUUGGCUUUCUCGAGGGGGUGUUUGAAUCACAGAGUGCCCCCCUGCAGUCCCUCAACCGCCUACUUUACGACGAGCUCGUCAAAUCUAUACUGAAAAUCAUUGAAAAACUGGAUCUGUCUGUUCAGAAGCAGAACCCCGAUGAACUGGAAGAGAGUGAUGUCAGCUCCGGCGUGGUCAUUCCCUCCUCUGACCCAACGGCUCACCUCCUGCCCAGUAAACCUAAAGACUUCACUGCUUUUAUCAACCUGGUGGAGUUCUGCAGCGAGCUGCUUUUGAAGAAGCACGUCGAGUUCUUCGAGCAGUGGGUCUACCCACUCGGACACGAGAUCAUUCUCCAGUCCACCAGAUUCCCUCUGGUCAGUGGGUUCUACAAGCUGCUCUCCGUCGCCAUGAAGAUUGCGAAGAAGAUCAAGUAUUUCAAGGGAGUGAGCCCCAAAAGCUUUCAACCGAACCCCCAGGACCCUGAGAAGUAUGCUUGCUUCGCCCUCUUUGCAAAGUUUGGAAAGGAGGUAAGUCAGACAAUAUUCAACCUUUUUAAGUAAAUAUUAAAAAUGUGUAACUCUGAAGUGAAUAUGUUUUUGUUGUUUUUUUUAUGCAGUGAAUAUAAAGGUUUUGUGCUCACCAGAAAAGAGGGUAUUGGCUCAUGGCUGUUUUUGCCUCCCACCCAGACUGCCCUGAAGCUGGGCCUGAGUCACACACCCCUAGCCAGCGCCGCCCUGGACGCUCUGGAAGAGUGGUCGUCGCGCAUCUCCCAGCCUCUCAUCCAGCCGCUCUACAGGGAUGUGCUGCCCUGCCUGGACGGCUACCUGAAGACAGCCGCUUCCAACGGCAGUGACCAGAAUACCUGGGAGGUGAUGUGUCUGUCCAGUGGUGCGGAGAAAGGUUAUGGCAGAGUUCUUCUGAGGCUCCUGAAGAGAACCAAGCACCUUUCGAUGGCUGAAGACUCUCCCAGCGCUGUAGUGAGGCGCAGAGUUGUGAGGCUGCUUGGGCACCUGGGUGGGCAGCUCAACAGGAGCCUCGUUACAGCCGCUUCUGCUGAAGAAAUGAUGAAGAAGUUCGUGGCGUGGGAUUCAGAGAAGCGCCUCACUUUUGCAGUGCCGUUCGCAGAUAUGAAACCGGUCAUCUACCUGGACGCUUUCCUACCUCGCAUCACGGAACUGGCUCUCUCCACAAGCGACCGGCAGACAAAAGUGGCAGCCUGCGAGCUCCUGCACAGCGUGGUUGUCUGUAUGCUGGGGAAGGGCUCUCAGAUCCCUGAGGGAGAGAAGUCCUCUCCUCCCAUGUACAAGCUGCACAAGCGCAUCUUCCCUGUACUGCUGCAGCUGGCCUGUGAUGUCGACCAGGUGACAAGACAGCUGUACGAGCCCCUGGUCAUGCAACUCAUUCACUGGUUCACCAACAACAGAAAGUUUGAGAGCCAGGACACAGUGGCUAUUCUGGAAGCCAUUCUGGAUGGCAUAGUGGAUCCAGUGGACAGCACUUUGCGGGACUUCUGUGGCCAGUGCAUUCAGGAGUUUCUGAAGUGGUCAAUCAAGCAGACGACCCCAAAACAACAGGAGAAGAGCCCAGCGAACACCAAGUCUCUGUUCAAACGGCUCUAUAGCCUUGCCCUGCAUCCCAAUGUCUUCAAGAGGCUGGGAGCUGCCCUGGCCUUUAAUAACAUCUACAAGCAGUUCAGAGAGGAGAGUUCUUUGGUGGACAUGUUUGUCUUCGAAGCUCUGGUUAUAUUUGUGGAAAGCCUCGCUCUUGCGCAUUCGGAUGAAAAGUCUUUAGGGACGUUACAACAGUGCAGUGGUGCCAUUGACCACCUGAAGAGAAUCAUCAAGCAUAAGGCUGCAACUCUUAAUAAGAGCUCAAGGAGACGUGUGCCCAGGGGUUUCCCUCCAGACAAGCCCGUGAGUUUGACUGACGUAGUCAUGUGGCUGCUGGUACAGUGCGGACGUCCUCAAACGGAGUGCAGGCACAAGUGCAUGGAACUGUUUUACGAAUUUGUGCCCUUGCUGCCAGGAGGCAAAAACCCCGCGGUUUGGCUGGAAGACAUCCUCAAGGACGAGGGGGAGGGGUUCCUGAUCCGCAGGUUCGAGGGCGCGGGGCGUUGCGACGGAGACUCGUCGGGCCUCCUCUCUCAGGCGACCCUGCGGGACCUGCAGGGCUCCUUCAGCGUCCGAGCCGCCCUGCAGUGGAUGGACCUGCUGCUGGCCGCCCUCGACUGCUACAACACCUUCAUCGGGCUGCACUUCGUCAAGCCCCAGCAGAUACUGGGCACGCAAGAGAAGUCCAGCUUCUUGAAAGCCAUUGGGUUCUUCAUAGCGGAACUGACCAUGCAGGACAUCUCGGCUGCCGAGCGCUGUUUCUCGUCAGGGUCUGAGGGAUCCCUGUUCAGCCCAAGAGAGAGGGAAGAUUAUAACUACUGUAAGGGGACAAUCAUAGUGCGCUUGAUGGAAUUUGUCACCAUGGUCCUCGACAAGUGUUCGCAGGAUCUCUGGAAGGUUCUGGAAAGGGAUAUCCUACACCUGACCUUUUUUGAGCUCAUUGCCACCACAGUAUGUGAGCCCUCAAGCAUUGGGUUUAACAUGGCAGACAUGGAGGUGAUGACUAAUCUCCCAGAGGUCUGUGUGCACAUCCUGAAGGCUCUGCUGAAGUCUCCCUACAAAACCCAGCUGGAACAGAGCAUCAGGAGGAGAGUCUCCCAACAAAAUGUGGAGCAGCUGUGUGCUGUGGACCUGUACGGUUCUGAGGCCCGGUCUGAGCACGCCAGGCUGGCCUUGGUCCUCUCUGCCUGCAAGCAGCUUCACAGAGCUGGGCUGCUCAAUUCCACCCUACAGAGCCAGGCAGCCAGUUUUGGCCUGUCCCUGGGGUCCAAGCUGCUCUCGGUGGUGUACAAGGGGAUCGCUCCAGGAGACGAGAAGAAGUCCCUCCCGUCCAUGGACGUCAGCAGCCGCAGGCUGGCAGAUGGGCUCCUCCAGCUGGCCUUUUCACUGGGAGGGCAGAGUGAGCAGUUGGUUAGCCUCCUAUUGAAUACCAUCAUGCUGUCGGUGCCACUCUCCGGAACAUCAGAUAAGAACUUCAUCAGCUUUUCUCACGGAGAGUACUUCUACAGCCUCUUCCAGCAGACCAUCAACAUCGAGCUGCUCGGAAGUCUCGACUCCACUGUGCCACAGCUCAUGUCACUAGCAGCAGAAAAUCCCAAAAUGGUGAGCGCUGUCCUGAACGGCAUGCUGGACCAGAGUUUUCGGGAUCGCUCCGUGAGGGAAAGCCAAGGCCGCCAGCUGGUGAAGAGGGUGACGCAGGCCUGGAGCUCCCUGGGCUCCUGGUGGAGCAGCCCUGCCUCCACAUCAGAAAGCAAAAUGGCCACCCUGACUCUGCUGUCCAAAGUGCUGCAGAUUGAUUCCUCGGUCUGUUUUAACGUGAACCAUGAAGCUUUUGAAGCAGUGUUCACCACCUACACUGCCUUAAUCACUGACUCUGCAUUGCCUUUAAAUCUCAAGAAUCAUGGUUUGAUCAUCCUCCCUUUCUUCACCAACCUGCCCGAGAGCACCCUGGCUGAACUUCAGAGAGCCCUGGAAAUGCUAGUCGCCUCUCACUUCCCCAUUUCCUCUGAUGAGUUCCCCAAGGGCACCCUGCGCUACAACAACUAUGUCGACACAAUUAAAAAGUUUUUAGAUGCUUUGGAGCUGUCCCAGAAUCCAAUGCUUUUGAAGUUAAUGGCGGAAAUACUUUGCCGGGAUAAGAAGCACGUCACAGAAGAACUUUUCCAGGCCUGUUUUAAGAGAAUUGCAAGGAGGUCAGGCUGCGAGCGGCAGGUGGUGCUACUGGAGACCGUGUACGAGAUGUUCCAGGCCGGAGAGCUGGCCUCCGGCGCCAUGCGUCAGGCAGUGCUGGACCGUGUGCUGCUGACCCUCGUCCUGCACUGCAGCUCGGACGCGCUGCGCGGCUUCUUCUGCAAGACCAUCGCCAGCGUCAUGGAAACGCUGCAGGCCAGGUUCACAAAGUUAAAUGAGGCGAUGUUCGAGGGCCAGCUCAUAAAGAAGAAUGGCUGUUACAAGCUGCUGGAGGUUCUGUACUCACGCCUGCCAAAGGAAGAGGUUUACUCCAAAGAAUCCAAGAUCAACCAGGGCUUCUGUGGCCCCAGCAGAGCAGCUGAAGGGAAUGAACUCUCAAAGACCCUCUUGAAGUCCUGCUUUGAGGCCUACACUGAGAACAUGGCAGGAGAGACGCAGCUGCUGGAGGAAAGGAGACAGUACCACUGUGCCGCUUACAACUGUGCCAUCGCCGUCAUCAGCUGUAGCUUCAACGAGACCAAGUUCUACCAGGGCUUCCUCUUUACUGAGAAGCCAGAGAAGAAUCAGUUUAUUUUCGAGAACAUCAUAGAUGCACAGCAGACCUACAGAUUCCCUGUAGAGAUAGAGGUUGCUCUUGAACGGAAAGCAAAGUAUGUAGCUAUUCGGAAAGAGGCAAGGGAGGCUGGUGAUCGGGACGCAGAGGAGCCCCAUUACUUGUCGUCACAGUCCUACAUGGCAGACAGCAGUCUCAGUGAGGAGAUGAGCCAGUUCGAUUUCUCCACGGGAGUCCAGAGCUUCAGCUACGGCUCUCAGGACCCCAGCACGAGGCCCAUGCCGAGCCGGAGGAGGGACGGAGCAGAAGCGGCUCUGCAAGAUGACGUUGUGGUACUGGAGAUGGAUGAGCUCAACCAACACGAAUGUAUGGCCUCCAUGACCGUCCUCAUCAACCACAUGCAGAGGAACAACAUUACUCCUGAAGUGGAAGAGGGCACAGUACCAAGUGACCUUCCGCCUUGGAUGAAAUUUCUUCAAGGGAAGCUGGGGAACCCCUCCACUCAGUUGAACAUCCGUCUCUUCAUUGCAAAACUGAUCGUGAACAAGGAGGAGGUCUUCCGUCCAUAUGCCAAACACUGGCUGUGGCCGCUUCUACAGCUGGUAGUCUCUGGGAAUAAUGGGGGUGAAGGGAUUCACUUCAUGGUGGUGGAGAUCGUUGUUACGGUUCUCUCCUGGGCCAGCGUCGCCACCCCCAAGGGCGAUACCAAAGAUGAAGUUCUGGCUAAUCGGCUGCUGGAGUUUUUAAUGAGGAACGCCUUCCAUGAAAAGAGAGCCGUCUUCAGACACAAUCUUGAAAUCAUUAAAACAGUUGUGGAGUGCUGGAAGGACAGCCUCAUGGUUCCUUAUAGCCUGAUAUUCGAUCGGUUUGCUGGGUCUGAUCCCAACAGCAAGGACAAUUCUGUGGGAAUUCAGUUGCUUGGUAUUGUGCUGGCAAAUAAUCUGCCGCCGUACGACCCCAGCUGUGGAAUUGAACAUGAAAGAUAUUUCAAGUCCUUGGCCAACAACAUCUCCUUCGUAAGGUAUAAAGACAUACACGUGGCUGCUGCAGAAGUCAUUGGGCUUGUUAUGCAGUAUAUGGCUGAGAAGGAGAAGCAAUCGGAGGGCCCCAUAUUCGACUUCACGGCACAUCACCUGAAGAAGCUGCAGAACGAGAAGGAAGAUAAGUUUGUUGUGUGCCUAAGUAAAGUUGUGAAACACUUUCCACCAUUUAUGGACAGGUUUGUGAAUGCAGUAUUUUUCCUGUUGCCCAAAAUGCACGGCGUGCUGAAGACGCACUGCCUGGAGUGCAUCCUGAGCCGAGCUGAAGAGAUCCCUGAUGUAUACCUGCAGCUGAAGAGCAAGGAUUUCUCUCAGGUCAUGAGCCAUCGGGAUGAGGCAAGGCAGAGAGUGUGUUUGGAUAUUAUACACAAGAUCAUGGCUAAGCUGAAACCUGUUGAAAUGCGGGAGAUGUUAGGUGCAGUGACAUCAUUCGUUACACACCCCUCUCCAGUGUGCAGAGAGAGGAUGUACGACAUCCUAAUGUGGAUUCAUGACAACUACAGGGACUCCGAGAGCCAGUCAGACAGCGACUCUUUGGAAAUGUUAAAUGUUGCAAAGGAGACACUGCUUCAGGGGCUUGUGGACGAAAACCAAGGUCUCCAGCUCUACGUUAGGAACUUCUGGAGCCACGAAACCCGUCUACCUACAACAACCCUGGAGCGAAUGUUGGUGAUCCUGCGUUCCCUGUACUCCAGCAAGAUAGAGGCUCAGUACCUCAGCCUGGCCACCAACCUGCUGCUGGAGAUGACCAGCCGCAGCCCCGACUACAGUCGCGCCAUAUUCGAGUACCCCCUUUCUGAGUGCAAGUUCCACGAUUACAUCAUCGAUUCCUCCUGGCAUCACCGGAACACAGUCCUCACCCCGAUGUUCGUGGAAACCCAGGCCUCCCAGGGCGGCUCCCGUUACCAGUCCCGGGGCGGCUCCGCCUCGGCUCAGGGGUCCCUGGGGGGCCAGCUGAGGGCCACUCAGUCUACACUGGAGUUCACUCCCACACAGGACCCUGGCAGGCGCGCCUCGUUUAACUGGCUGACUGGGAGCAGCGUGGACACUCUGUCGGAGUACGCGCUGCCUGCCACCUCGGACUCCCUGUCCUCCUCCCUGCUCGUGUUUGGGAAGUGGGGCGAAAAGCAGCAGCAGCAGCAGCAACGGGGCCCCAAGAAACCGGUAGGGGCCGACUUCGGCAAGAAGCGCCUGGCCCUGCCGGGAGACGAGGUGGACAGCAGGAAGAAAGCAGUGAACGACCAGCGGGCUGACAUCCUCAGACUGAGGAGGAGGUUCCUAAAAGACCAGGAAAAAGUUAGCCUGCAGUUUGCCAGGAAGGGCAUCCAAGCACAGCGGCAAGAGAAGGAGCGGGCGGCCGAGCAGACUUUGAGGCGGGAGGCCCAGGUGACGCUGUACCGCAGAUACAGACACGGGGACCUGCCUGACAUACAGAUUCCGUACAGCAGCCUGAUUGUGCCCCUGCAAGCCCUGGCCCAGAGAGACUCCACUCUCGCCAAGCAGCUCCUCAGCACCCUGUUUUGUGGAAUCUUGGCUCAAAUGGAAGGGUCUAAGAACGAAGCAGAGAAGAGAAGGAUCACCGAAGAGCUUUUACAGGACAUGAACCACUUCCUGAACAAAAGCACAUUAUAUUUCCCUCCCUUUGUUACAUGUGUUCAGGACAUGAGUUACCAGUACAAGGAGCUCCUGAAGGUGGACCCGAGCGCCGUGAGCUCCAGCUGCCUGGCCAGUCUGCAGCAGCCGAUGGGCAUCCUGCUGUUGGAGGAGAGCCUGAUCAGGGGGAGUGUCCCUGAUGAGCCCCCCUCCAAGAGAGCCCGAGGACACAGGGAGCUGCCCCCUGACACUGAGCGCUGGAUCCAUCUGGCCAAGCUCUAUAGGUCUCUGGGAGAUUAUGAUGUCCUCAGGGGAAUCUUCAGUGGCAAGAUCGGAGCCAAACCUGUUACCAGCCUGGCACUUCAGGCAGAAGCAAAAAAUGAUUAUUCUCAGGCUGUGAAGCUAUAUAAUGAGGCUUUGAACACUGAGGAGUGGAUGGAUGAAGGGCCCACUGACACGGAGAAGGACUUCUGGGAGAUUGCCGCUCUGGAGUGUUACAAUCACCUGUCUGAAUGGAAGUCCCUGCAGUACUGCGCUACCGUCAACAUCGGCGACAGCUCUCCGGUGGACCUGGAGAAGAUGUGGAGCGAUCCUUUCUAUCAGGAGGCCUACUUGCCGUACGUGGUGCGCGGCAUGGUGAAGCAGCUGCAGCUGGGGGGGCAGGACCAGUCCCUGCUGACCUUCGUGGACAACGCCAUGAAGGUGGAGGAGAGGAAGAGCGUGAUGGAGACCAACUACAGCCAGGAGCUCAGCCUGCUCUACAUCCUGCAGGACGACUACGACAGGGCCAAGUUCUACAUCAACAACAGCAUGCAGGUCUUCAUCCAGAACUAUUCAAACAUUGAUGCGCUGCUUUAUGGAAGCCGUCUUGCCAAACUGCAGUCAGUACAGGCUUUAACAGAGAUCCAGGACUUCCUCUAUUUUAUCACAAAAGAUGUUUCCACCGCAUCUCUUAAAACCUUGAUAAGAACUUGGACUCAUCGAUACCCUGACGACAGAAUGGAUCCAAUGAACGUGUGGGAUGAUGUCAUCACAAAUCGAUGUUUUUUCCUGGAUAAGAUCUCCGAGAAGCUUGUCAGCUCAGUUGCUGGUGACAGUAUGGAAGUGGAGGAGGAUGGAGACAAGGAAAUAAAGACGGAAGCUGGAGAAUGGGAAGACCCCGAUUUUCUGAUUAAAGACUGCAAGAUCAGUAUGAGACUGAAAAUGGCUGAGAGUGCAAGGAAACAGAGGAACUUCUCCGUGGCCGCCAAGCUGCUGAAGGCACUGCACAAAGAGUGUAAGGCGCGCAGCCACUGGAAUCUCCGAUGGGCUCACGGCUUCUGUCGCUUCAAGCACCUCUAUAGCCAGGCACAGGACAGCGCGGAGCAGAUCCUCAACGUCCUCAAGACUGUCGACGUGUUAGAGGACAGCAAAACUGAUCCCGAGAAGGAGACGGCUCAAAAUUUCAGGAACCAAAAGUUACUUUUGGGCACUACAUACCAUAUCAUGGCCAGUGCGGUCAGCAGAGACCCCAGUGUGCUGGAGAAGAUCGGGCCGGAGAAAGCAGGAAGGGUCCUGAAGCUGUCCGGAGCCUCAUCGUCCAAUCCUCAGCAGGUAACAGCGGGAUUCCACAAAAGGGCUCUGGGGCUCAUGCAGAGCGCCGUGAAGAAAGUCGAAGACGAAGUGCAGUCCCGUUCAGCCGACCAUGUGGACACAGCUGGAGCCAUUGAGGCCCACAUGACCCUGGCCAACUUCUGUGACAAACGCCUGAGGGAGGAGGAGGAAAAUGACCAGGUUUCUGAAUUCUCUGAGCUACCCACAUUUCCUGCCAUUGUGGUGGAGCAGGUGUUGAAAGCCUUGAAGCUGAACUCCAGCGAAGCUCGACUGAAGUUCCCCAGACUGCUGCAGAUCGUCGAGUUGUAUUCUGCCGAGACAUUGGACCUCAUGAUCAAAGAGAUGUCGUCAGUGCCCUGUUGGCAGCUGAUCGGCUGGAUCAGUCAGAUGAUGGCGCUCUUGGACAAGAAGGAGGCUGUGGCUGUGCAGCACGUCAUCCAGGGGCUUGCCGAGUCCUACCCCCAGGCCGUCGUCUACCCCUUCAUGAUCAGCAGCGAGACCUACCAGUUUGAGGACUCCGCCACCGGCCACAGAAACAAGGAGUUUGUCACAAGGUUGAAGGACCAACUGGACAAAGGAGGAGUUGUCAAAGAUUUUGUAGAAGCCUUGCAGCAACUCUCCAAUCCUGAAAUGCUUUUUAAGGAUUGGUUAGAGGAUGCAAGAAAUACUUUAAGUAAACCAAAGACGGACAAAAAGGAUGCUAAGAAAAUGUAUGAAGAGAUUAUUUCUGUGCUUGGGAAUGCAAAGGCAGCAGGAAUUGGACGUUUUCGCAAGAAGUUUGUCGAGACAUAUGCCAAACGUAUUGAAGAGAUUGUAAAGGAACUGGGUAAGGAUGGCUCCAAGUUGUGGGAUAAGAGGAAAGAUGAAAAGUUUUGGCAAAAACUGACGACAUCGAUCAGAUCAAUGGAUUCGAUUGCGCUUCCGGGAAACCUGAAGGAGUACUCGUCCUGGCUGAGCAACUUCAGGCCAGAGACCCUGCGGAACGAGCUGGAGGUCCCAGGGCAGUAUGAUGGCAGAUCCAAACCUUUGCCCGAGUAUCACGUGAAGAUCACUGGUUUUGAUGAAAGGGUCCAAUCGUUGCGUUCCAUUCGGAAACCCAAGCGCCUGAUUAUCCGAGGCAGUGACGAGAGGGACUAUCCCUUCCUGGUGAAGGGGGGUGAGGACUUGCGACAGGACCAGCGCAUCGAGCAGCUGUUCGGUGUAAUGAACAUCAUCCUCUCGCAGGAUGCGGCCUGCUCCCAGAGGAACCUGGGCCUCAGGACCUACCAGGUGAUCCCCAUGACAACCAGGAUUGGUUUGAUUGAAUGGCUGGAAAACACUUGCACAUUAAAGGAUUUCCUUGACAGCAGAAGGACUGAACCUGAAGAAAAAAGCUCUCCAAGUCCUCAGGACAUGUAUAGUGCUUGGCUGGAGAAAAUAUCAAGAAGGUCUAAGGGACAAGAGCAGUAUCAUGAAGUGUACAAGAAGGCAAGCAGAACAGAGACAGUUGCAAACUUCCAGAGCAUUGAAAAACUUGUACCACAAGAUCUCCUUAGGAGAGCCUUCAUACAGCUGAGCACCACCCCCGAGUCCUUCCUGUCUCUGCGCAGCCACUUCGCCAGCACCCACGCGCUCAUAUGCGUCAGCCACUGGAUUCUGGGCAUCGGCGACCGCCACCUCUCCAACUUCAUGGUAAACAUGGAGACGGGAGGCAUGGUGGGCAUUGACUUCGGACACGCCUUCGGUUCCGCAACACAGUUUCUGACAGUGCCCGAGCUCAUGCCGUUCCGCUUCACACGCCAGUUCCUGAAUCUCAUGCUCCCCAUGGGGGUGUCGGGCCUGAUCUCCAGCGUCAUGGCUCACGCUCUACGGGCGUACCGGGCGGAACCAGAUCUUCUGCUCAACACUAUGGACGUCUUCGUGAAGGAGCCGUCUUUAGACUGGAAGAACUUUGAGCUAAAACAGCUGAAGAAAGGAGGCACCUGGAAGGAGACUGUGAACACCAAAGAGAUCGACUGGUACCCCAGGCAGAAGGUCCAGUUUGCCCAAAGGAAGCUGGAAGGAGCAAAUCCUGCUGCCAUAACCAGCGAUGAGCUGAAGCUGGGCUUUGAGAAGGAGUCCUGGUGCAGGGCCGCGUUAGCCAUGGCCCAGGGAGAGCAGGGCGUCAAUGUCCGUGCGUCGCAGGCGGCAGAGGGCCUGGCGGUCGAGAUCCAGGUCGAGUGCCUCCUAGAUCAGGCCACCGACCCCAACAUCCUGGGCAGAGUCUACAUGGGCUGGGAGCCCUGGAUAUAACACGGAGAAGCCCAGCUCCAACCCUCCGUCUGCUGCAGAAGAAUCCAGCAGGAGUAACGCUUAGUACCUUGUUGUUCUGUAAUAGUCUAGAAUGUAGUUGCGUCGUUCAAAUAUUUGUGCCUAAUACACACAGAAAUGUUGUACCUUAUAAACUGACACAUGACAUACAAUAAAAGGCAGAGAUGUGAUAGUGCCUUUAAAAUGAGGACUGUACACUGUCAAGAGCAUGAGGGUGGAGCCCUUGACGAUCAUCUUUUCAUUUUCCUCUUGUUUACCUUUGAUGUUGCCAUCAAUACACAUUUUGUAUGAAGAAAUAAAGGGUAUGUGACAAGUAGCUAACUUGUUAGUUUUCUUUGUGAUGUAACGGGAUUACCCAGAAGAUUGAUUGGUUUUUUUUUUACAAUUGGCAGGCACUAAAAUGACACUGUGUAACAGUCCAGUUUUGCAGAGAAUGUUGUUCACUUUCUUUGCUACUGCUUCCAAGCAACAGUUUUACCAUUUCGUGUCAGACAGGAUGUUUCUUCAAAAUGUUUUGAUAGGUAACAUGUCAUGCCCUCACAAAAUAAAUAUAUCAGUGGUGUCAUAGAAAUGAUGUCUUGAAAUGUCAAUUUUCUUGUGUUUAAAUCACUGUAAAAGUUAUUCUUUGUUGGAGUACUACUAAUUAAAUAAAUUCUUUUUCUAAAAGACA